AUGGUUUAUGACGUUCAGAAUUUCAUUGUGCAUACAUCUCGCAUGAGGUUUAAGACAUGCGAGCAUAAAUACAUCAUGAAAGCAAACAAUGAUACGGUGAUUAGUUUUUCGGAUCAAGAUGAUUCAAUCUUUCCGAAAAACAUGUUUCAAUUUAAGGAUUUUGGAUCCUUAAAGGCUCCAGGAGGUGUUGAUUGUAACCAGUUAAUUGAUUUAAUUGGUCGUGUCGUUUCCAUUCAUCAGCCAAAAGAUAUUCAAGUUAAACAAAAUUCCCAAAGGUUGAUUGAUUUUGUUAUUGAGGAUUGCAGGGAAAGUCGAUUGACCGUAACCUUAUGGGACGAACAUGUGGAUUCCGUUUUGCCCUUUCUUAAUGGUGCUUUAACAGACCCAUUGAUUGUUAUACUACAAUUAUGUAGAGCUAGGGUCACUGAUGAUGGUGAGAUUAGGAUUUCCAGUUCGUAUACUGCAACUAGGGUUUUGUUCAACUAUGAAUGCCCCGAGCUUUUUGCUUUCAAGGAUAGUUUGCUUAGGUUCUUGACUCCAAUACAGACUAUAAGCUCAAGAUCCAGAAACAUGGGAUCCAGAUCGUUGGAAACUAUGUCAAAUGAGAAUAUGACAGUGACUUCUUUAAUGGAUAUUUAUGAUGAUAAGAAUAUUGGAGAAUUUUGGGUCGUUGGAGAAAUUACAGAUAUUCAACGCGAUUGGUACUUCAUUGCAUGUGCGAAUAAGGGUUGUGGGAAGAAAAUUCAAGAAAUUAAUGAUCAAAUGUAUUGUAAGUCAUGUGACCAACAAAGUCCUGACGAAAUAAUCAAGUAUAAAUUGGUUAUUGAUGUACUUGAUGAUGAGCAAGAUGGACAACUAAUUCUUUGGGAUAAUGUGUGUUCGCCUCUAUUAGGGAUCACUGCUAGCGAGUUAAAGGGGAAAUAUUCUGAGGAGGGAGUGCAAGCUGACGAAGCAAUAAGCAAUUCUUUCAAAAAGGGAGAACAAGGCAAUGUGAUUAGGAAGCUUGCUGAGGAAAAAGAAUUCAAUGAAAAUUUUGGACAAGGCAUUGAAUCACUAGAAGUUAUACCUUCGUCUAAUUUAGAAGUAAUCAUUCUUGAUGAAAGCACUCCUGACCAGCAAUCAUUGAAGAGAACAAACAUGGAUUGUUCAUCAUCUUCAAAGACUUUGAAAAAGCCUAAGAAUGAGCCCAACCCAUGCUAG